UUGAAUUGUCCUCAAGCCCCUUGCUGGCACUACUGGCAUGGACAUUGCUAUUGCAUUGAAAGGAGUCACACUGGAACUUGGAUUGAAGCAUUGAGAUACUGCAAACGAUAUCGAGACACAGAGCUAUUAACAAUCACAAAUCCUUCAGAAAAAAUGUGGAUUUUAAAGUUGCCUCUGGACAAUUUUUGGAUUGGAUUGAAUAAUUUGGAAGAUAUGACUAAUUUUAGAUGGUCCGAAGGAUCACCAGCAGACCUGACAGCACCCUGGUCUUGGAUCACAUACCCAGUUCAGCCAAACACUACGUACUGUGUGAAAAUUUCUAACGGCAACUUGAUUCCUUUGGACUGUAAUGCCAAGGCCCAUUGGAUCUGCAAGAGAAGUGCAGAUGUUGAGCGAUAUCAAGAACAUAAAGCCAAAGUCCUUCUCUCAUCAACACGUGAUCCAUUAGAAGUACAUGCAGAUUUGCACUCUGCUAAAGAAGCCUGCCUGGAACUUAGGGAGAAGUGCACAGGAAUUUCUACCUGGCAGAAUGCUUAUGCCCUUGCUGGAGGAACAGUGUUGAUGAAAAGUGAAGAGAGCAAUUCCUAUGCCUACGUAAAAUCAGAUUGUGCUAUGGGUUACUUUGGAAAGGAUUGUUCGUCUAUGUGCAGUUUAUGUCACAAUAAUGGCCUCUGCAAUCCAUACACAGGCACUUGCAAUGAUUUCCAUUUUUGCAGUGCCCAGAGUGCACCAACAGCCUGUCAAAGAGAAAUGAAAAGUUUAUGGUGCCCACGUUUUCCUGGUUGGUCGUAUUGGGAAGGCAACUGUUACUUUGUGAGCACAGAAGCCUCUGUCAGUUGGGUAAAAGCAAGGCAGAUGUGUAGAAGAUUCAGAAGUGCAGAUCUGCUGUGGAUUGGGAGCCAAAAAGAACUGGCUUGGCUGUUGUCUGUAAUUACAUCUGAAACUUUUUGGAUUGGACUGAAUAGCAGGCAACAAGAAUCUAUAUGGAUUUGGUCAAAUGGGAACUCAGCAGCCAAAGAACUUCACUGGUUACCCAUGUCUGGAGACUCAGCUGGAAGAUGUGCUGGUAUGAAAUCAACAUCCUCAAGUAUUUUGAAGUUAAACUGUGAGAAUGAGCACAGGUGGCUCUGUAAGAAAACUGAAUCGACAAACAUUUUUGAUGUGUUUCUUGAGCGAUACCUAUCUGGGCCGCUUUCAUCAAAGAAAAUAUACGACUCCCUUCAUGAUGCCAAGAUAGACUGUUUAUAUGACAACAACUGCACAGGAGUGGUUAAGGUCUCUAAUUACUUCAGAAGAGUGGCAGGAAUUGAUGAGAUCCAUUUUUCUGAAUUGGCCGCUGACUCAGAUGCUGUUACAUACGUGAAACAGGAAUGUUCUUUUGGAUACUAUGGAGAAAACUGUAUGCGUCUGUGUCCCUCAUGCCGUGGAAAGUUUAGGUGCAACUCAGUAAUGGGCAAAUGCCCAGAAAAGUUAACCUGCAUGGACCAAUUUAAAGGUGAAAUUUGUGAAUCAGGCCUCACCAAUUUAAAAUGCCCUCAAGAUCCUAUCUGGUGGUAUUGGAACGGCAAUUGUUACUACAUAGAAAGGAAAGAGAUGAUGCCAUGGGAGCAGGGUUUAACCCAGUGUACAUUUUAUAACAAUGCUAGUCUUGCUAAGCUAGAUAAUGAAGAAGAAAAGAUGUGGGUAGCUUCCAUGUUGGAAGGUGAUGCCUGGAUUGGUUUGUCAAGGCAGCAGGGUGCUUGGAAUUGGAUUAGUGGACAUGAGGCUGAACUUAACUCCAGCUGGCUUUCAGAUAUUCAAAUGGAUCAAUAUGGAUGUGCUCAGAUCAAGAAAGGAGGCAUACUUAUGGCAACUAAUUGUUCUGCACACCUCUACUGGGUCUGUAAAAAACCAGCAGAUGUUGAUAUUUUUUUGGAGUAUCCUGGGCAUCUUUUGCUUUCUCUUGCUGAGUUGGCUCAGUACAAGACCCUAACAGAAGCCAAGUUCUACUGUGCAAUGACAGCGACGUGUACUGGAAUAAACAGUUGGCCAUCCAAGUUUUCCCUCGUCUCAGGAACUGAAAUGGUGACUGCAACCAUUAGAAAUACAGUUUACUUGAAAACAAGCUGUGUUUCUGGGCGAUAUGGAUAUGGAUGUAGGGAAGCCUGCCCCAACUGCCGUAAUAACCUACCUUGCAAUAGCUUGACUGGGAUUUGUGAUGAAAACACCCGUUGUCUUGCUCCCUUCAGCACCAGGAGUUGUGUAAUAAGCACAGUCAGUUUAAAAUGUCCAGAACUUGGUUGGCAAUACUGGAAGAGGUAUUGUUACUUUAUCCUUCCAGCUAAUUGGAAACCUUGGAAGGAUGCCAAUACUACCUGCAGUCGGUACAGAGGUGCUGAACUCCUUUGGUUUGAAAGUGUGGAAGAACUGACUUGGAUAACAGCAGUUGUGUUUGGAGAAACAUGGACAGGAUUGCAAGAUAUAAAUCAAGAUGGUAUCUGGUCAUGGGCACAUGAAGAUAGUGCAUCUAGUGUUUUGCCAUGGUUAGUCCUAAAAAAGAAGAAAAGACAGCAUAGAUGUGUUGAAUUGACAGCUGAUAAAUACGUGUCUGUAGCAGACUGUAACAAAGCCAAGGGGUGGGUGUGCAAGAAGGCAGCAGAACCAGAUCUUGACGUGUUCAUGGGCUUUUGGGAUACGGUAACAGUCUUUCCAGCAUUGAGACUGUCUAAUAACUACACUAACCAUACACUGGCCAGAGAACAAUGUGUAAAGCAGGAACGUGGGUGCCUUGGCUAUAUGCUUUGGAGAGAUGUUUAUUUACUGAUACCUAACUCUGAAUUGGUUAUUGGUGGAUUUGCACCCAGUGUCACAUACCUAAAAUCAGCUUGUAAUGUUGGAUACUAUGGACUGUCAUGUGAACAGGAAUGCUCACGUUGCUAUUGGGACAUGCCAUGCAAUAGCGUAUCUGGAGAGUGUGUGGACAGUGUUGUUUGUGCUGCACCAGAAGAUGUAGGGGCCUGUGAUUUAGGCAAGUACAGCUUGAAGUGUCCUCUUGGUUUUGGCUGGUGGUACAGGAAUGGAUGGUGCUACCUUAUAGAAGGCAACAGAAGUUUGACCUGGAUGGAAUCCAGGCUGUUUUGUAGCCAUUUUAAAGGAACAAGUCUGUUGCAGCUGGAAUCCUCUGCUGAAAAGGACUGGCUACACAAGAUGAUAAAAUGGCCUGUGUGGAUAGGAAUGAACAGAGCGACAUCAGAUUCUGCAUGGCAGUGGAUAGAUGGAGCAACAGCUGACACCUGGAUAAAGGUUCAAGGAAAUGCAACUGCAAACUGUGUUGCUGUUUGGCAUAAUGAAGCGACUUUACAAGGAGCUGAUUGCCUUUCAAAACACAAUUUUGUGUGUAAAAGAAGAGAAUCUGAAAAUAUGUUUCAGUUUUAUGCUGGCCACAUCAUAAUGCACAGACAGAAUGCAAUUCCAAAACUGCACUCUUCCCUUAAAUCUGCUGAAAAUGCUUGUCUGUAUGAGAGAACACACUGUACUGGAAUAGUCUAUUCGAAGAAGCAGUAUCACUUGGUUGGUGGAACAGAAAUAUUUAGAAGUUCUUAUAAAGCUGACUCAUUAUAUCUUAAAACUGUUCUCAACUACUUUACAGUGCAUGAGGGGAGAGUGUUAUAUAGUCCUUAUGUACCAGCAUCAAAUAUUUAUAACAACUUAACAGCCGCCAAAGAUGCUUGCUCCCAUAUACAGAACUGCACUGGAGUAGUGGUUGUGGGAGAGCACAACAUUGUACAAAGUGGAACAGAACUCUAUAACAGCAGGAACAGAACUGUGAAAACCCUUAUCAAAUCGGCCUGUGCCUCAGGAUACUAUGGUCCAGAAUGCCAGGGUAGUUGCACCUGUAAUAAAAUUGAAAACUGCAGCCCUUUCACUGGAGAAUGUGCGGAGUACUUACAGUGUUCAGAGAAAUAUGUAGCACAACAGUGCCAAAGAGGUGUGGUCAGUCUGAAAUGUCCAGAGAACCCUGGGUGGUGGUACUGGAAUGGCAGGUGUUAUUAUAUAGAAGAAACUAAUAGUUCAACCUGGUUAGAAGCAAAGAAUUUCUGCACUGCCUAUAAUGGCACUGAUCUCCUUGUACUGGACAGUGCAGAAGAAGAGGCCUGGAUAACCUCUGUGUUAAACAAACCUGCGUGGAUUGCCUCAGUGGGUUCCUUGCAAAGGGAUAAGGAAAACAUGGGCAGGAAGAAUCAGCAUAUUUUGGUAAGCCGCACCAAAAAUACCACUUCGACCACUUGUGAUCAGCUAACUGCGAAGGGGAGCUUGAACCAAGUUAACUGCUCAUCCUCAGCUUCCUGGGUUUGUAAGAGAAAUGAAGGUUACGGCAUUUUUUGGAGAUACCCCAAAAUGCUGCUCCUGCAGCCGGUAGGAGGACUAACAUACACAUUCUUGGAGGUUGCAUUGUCAGCCUGUAUCAUAGCAGCUGAUUGCUCUGGAGUAACUUACUGGGGGGAGAGUUACAUACCUGUCAGUGGUAAAGAACUGAUCUUCAGCAGAAAAAGAAAUGUUGCUGUGUACCUGAAAAGUGCUUGCAGUGAAGGACGGUAUGGUAUGUAUUGCCAACAGAAGUGCCCACGCUGUCUCAGCCAUACAACCUGCAAUAGAAUCACAGGGUUGUGUGAUGGUGCAGUGACUUGUCAAGAAAUGAAGAAAUUAGAGCUUUGUGAAUAUGACCUUACAAGCAAGAUGUGUUUCCCCUUUUGGAAAUACUGGAAUGGAAAUUGUUAUUAUAUUCCUGCUUUUGGGGCACUGAAUAAGAGUGGAGCAGAAUUUUUGUGCAGUCAAUACGAAGGGUCCCAGCUGUUAAAAUUACAAGAUGCAGAAGAACAGAGGUGGAUUGCUAAAGUCAUCUCUAAGAAAAGCUGGUUACUCAAGCUGAGCCAUAAUCUCCAGUCCAAAACCUGGAUCAUGCCUGGUAGAGACACUGAAGCGCCUCACUGGGGUUUCCAAGGGACUCAGGAUUUGUGUAUUCAGAUUGAACCUGUAAAUGGGACCUUGAUUUCAUCUCCCUGCUCAGAACUGGCUUCAUGGAUUUGCAAGGUCACCCCAGUUCCUGGAGCACAGGAUUCCAGUUAUAUCUGGUGGAAAUCGUUGGUCCUGUCACUUUUUGUUUCAGUUCUCGUAGUUUCUGCUAGUGUGCUUGGUACAUAUAAAGCUGCCCGUUGGAGAAGAGCAGUGUCUCUAGAAAAGGUAAAUGAUGAGGCUGAGCAGAAGAGUGAAUCAGAAGAGAGAAAAGGACAAGACAGCCCUCAAUCCAGAAGAAGCAGCCCCUCUAAUUAGGGUGCCGUGACAGCAGACCCACCCUGUCCUUUGUAGUAAGAAGGUUUGGCUUUGAGAAGAAGUUUGAGUUAAGGAAUACAUGCAUGUAAUCUGAGAGCCCAUUAACAGACACAAAAGUAUUUAAUUUGCAAGUUGUUGAAUGUCUUAAUUGACAUUUCUGUACUGUCUCUGAGCCCCCGCAGUCUCAAGUGACUCUGUCUGUUAGAAGCAAUAUCUGUCUUUGCGUGUGUUGGCACUGCCAUGUCAUCAAAUCAGAAUAUACCUAGAAUAUGACUAAUCAAAAAUAUGACCUUAAAUCAUUUUGCAUUUCACUCAGAGAAAUGUUCAUCUGUGUUUUUCUUUUUUGUGGAAUAGUUCAAUAAACUCUAGAAAAUA